UAACCUGCGUAAUCGCGAAACGUGUCAGUCGAUUGAUUGAUGUCACCCAUAUCGUAUCAAGAUUAAAAACAAUGAGUAAUAACGAACGGCGAAAAGACGGUUACGAACGUUUAACGAACAAUUUUGAUCGGUUCCUGAAUCAACAGCGGACGGUUCAGGAACGGUUGUCGGAUAGCUAUCGAACGGUGCAGGAUCGCUAUCAAACGACUCGGGAACGAUUGUCGGACGGUUAUCGAACGGUUGUAAAUCAAGUCAGGAAUAGUUACGAACGAUUGUCUGAUCGAUCGGUACCGGAAGACAAAGAACCACUGCUGAAAGACGAUAGAAAGCAGUGAUAAAAGAUAAUUCAAACGUGAAACGAACGCGAAAGAACGGGUACAGAACAGAAUCCAAACAGAAAAAAACAGAAAAAGAACAGAAAGAAACAGGAAAAGAACAGAAAAAAACAGGAAUGGAACAGGGAAAGAACAGAAACGGAAUAGAGAAAACAGGAACGGAACGGGUACAGAACGGAAACGGAACGAAAAAAAACAGGAUUAGAACGGAAAAAGAACAGAAACGGAACAGAAUGGAACAGAAAAAAACAAGAACGGAACGGGUACAGAACGGAAACGGAACGGAAAAAAAUGGGAUUAGAACGGGAAAAGAACAGAAACGGAACAGAACUGAACAGAAAAAAACGGGAACGGAACGGGUACAAAACGGAAACGGAACAGAAAAAAACAGGAACGGAACGGGUACAGAACGGGUACGGAACAGAAAAGAACGGGAACAGAACAGGGAAAGAACAGAAACGGAACAGAAAAAACAGCGAAAGAACAGAAAUGGAACAGAAAUGGAACAGAAAAAAACGGGAACAGAACAGACAAAGAACGGAAACGGAAUAGAAAAAACAGGAACGAUCGGUAUGCGAUCCAUGAAACCGUUAAAAUCCAAUAUUAGUUCCGAAAGGCGACGACUCGUCGAGGAACUGCAUGCUCCGGCGAGAAGAAAUUUUCAACGAAGACACGUCAUAGUUCGAGGCUACGACGAUCUAUGGCAGGCUGAUAUCGUCGAGAUGAUUCCGUACUCACGUAUUAACAGAGGCUACCACUACAUACUCACCGUCAUCGAUGUGUUGAGCAAACACGCGUGGGCCAUUCCGCUCAAGAGCAAGGGUGGAAGCGAGACAGCUGAUGCUAUCGUCGAGAUAAUUCGAGAGAGCGCAAGAUGUCCGAAAAAUUUACAGACUGAUAAGGGAAAAGAGUUUUACAAUGCCGAUGUGCAGAAAAUAUUGAAAAAACAUGAUAUUAAUCAUUAUUCCACGUACUCGGUAAUGAAGGCAUCGGUUGUCGAACGGUUUAACCGUACGCUGAAAAACGACAUGUGGAAGAAGUUUACACUCAACGGCAAUUACAAGUGGAUUGACCUGUUACCGGAUCUCGUGUCAAAUUACAACUCUCGGAAACACCGAACUAUCGGUAUGCGACCCGUCGACGUAACCCCUGCUGUGGCUGAAAGACUCUUGAAUACGGUGUACAGCUCGAUAAAGAUUGCUGGUCGAGCGAAAUUUAAAGUCGGUGACUCUGUACGCGUGAGCAAAUUUAAGACAGUCUUUGAAAAGGGCUACACACCGAAUUGGACAACCGAGGUGUUUAAAAUUAUUAAAGUACAGCAUACCAAUCCCGUAACUUAUUUACUAGAGGAUUAUCGCGGAACAUCUAUAGUUGGAGCGUUCUACGAGCACGAGUUGCAUCGUGCGACUCACCCGGACGUUUAUCUCGUGGAGAAAGUAUUGCGCAGGAAGGGUGACAAGGUUUACGUCAAGUGGUUGGGAUUCGAUGGAUCACAUAAUUCGUGGAUUCACAAAGACAAUGUUAUAUAAGAAUAUUUUCUUUAUUAUAAUCAUAUAAAAGUGUAAUGUAAACUUAUAAAAAUAAAAAUACAGUUUUUUUAUAAUAAGUGGUGUAUAUAUACGAGACUUCUUUAUUACCUAUCCAUCCAUUCAUCAUCCUUAAUACAUUUUCUUAUUAAUACGUAUUAUAAAAUGUAUAAUGUAAUCAACUUUAAUUAAUUUUUCAUAGAAAAUUAACAUAUAAAAUGCAUACUA